CCACUGCUGUCACUGACCCUUUGUUUGAAUCCACUGCUGCGUCUGCUCUAGUUGCUGAGCUUGUUGACUUUGCUGCAGCCUGUCGCCUAGACUUUGCCACUAGUCUUGUUGCUGAGUCUGCGUCUGAGUCUGUCUGUCCUCCGUCCGUCGGGGGUGAGUGUGCUCUUGGCACGGACGUUCUUGAGGACAGAAAAGAGGAGUUUGAGUUCUUUGCCCCUGAGGGAGACCCGGAUGCACCAGACAUCCCGACCCCGCCCUCUUACGCAGAGGCGAUAGAGGGUCCCUACUCCUCUCAGUGGCAGGCAGCCAUGGACGCCAAGAUGGCUUCCUGGAAGGUGAAGCGGCCGUCGGGUUUUCCGCCUGUCUUCAAGGCGCGUUACGUUGCACGUGGCUUCAGUCAGCGACAGGGAGUUGACUUCUUCCAGACCUUCUCCCCUACCCCGAAGAUGACCACUCUUCGGGUACUGCUGCACGUCGCCGCUCAUCGUGACUACGAGCUCCACUCGCUUGAGUUCAGCACAGCCUUCCUACAGGGCAGCCUGCACGAGGAGAUCUGGCUGCGCCGCCCACCUGGCUUCACUGGGUCGUUUCCUGCUGGUACCCAGUGGAGCCUCCGGCGGCCAGUCUACGGUCUCCGCCAAGCACCCCGUGAGUGGCACGACACACUGAGGACGACUCUUGCUGCUCUUGGUUUUGCUCCUUCCACUGCUGACCCGUCGCUGUUUUUACGCACUGACACCACUCUGCCGCCGUUCUACGUUCUCGUGUACGUAGACGACUUGGUCUUUGCUACUGCUGACACUGAGGCACUCGCCCACGUGAAGUCCGAGCUGCAGAAGAGACACACGUGCACAGACGUGGGUGAGCUGACAAGCUAUCUUGGCUUGCGGAUCACCCGGGACAGAGCACAGCGCACCAUUACCUUGAUUCAGUCACACAUGGUGCAGCAGGUCCUUCAGCGCUUCGGCUUCACGUACUCCUCGCCACAGUCCACUCCUCUGCCUACCGGUCACUCGCUCUCGGCUCCACCUUCGGACGUGUCCGUAGAGCCGAGUGGCCCCUCCAGUUGUGAGGCUGAGAUCUACGCUGGGGCCAUGGCUGCACAGGAGUUACGCUGGCUCACCUACCUGCUGACCGACUUGGGAGAGGCGCCUCAUUCUCCUCCAGUUCUGUACGUCGACAACAAGGCCAUGCUUGCCUUGUGUCAGGAGCACAGACUGGAGCACAGAACGAAGCACAUUGCUCUGCGCUACUUCCUUGCUCGAGAGUUGCAGCAGCGUGGCCAGCUUCGUCUCGCUUACGUGGCCUCACAGGCCAACACUGCUGAUGUUUUCACCAAGGCACUUCAGCCUUGUGAUCAUCAGCGUUUCUGUACUGUUCUAGGCCUUGUACCUACCGUGCCUCACUUGCUUACUUCUUGA